AGAGACAGGCGGGAGCCAGGGCUGGGCAGUGCCAGGGCUGGGCAGGGCGACCACUGGGCUGCGCUGGGCUGGGGGCUGGCAGGCCGCUAACGUCCCGGGGGGCAGAAUAACCAGAAGACGCUUCGCAAGCGGGGGUCACUUUGUGCCCAUUUCUUUCCUCCUGUAUCUAGUGUGCUCAGUUUCACCAAGCUCCCCGUGGCAGAGUCGCCCCAGCCGCCACCCUGGGCCCUGCCCAGCGCUCCCUGCCCAGAACCUGCUCCUGCCCCCACUUGGCCCUGGCUGCUCCCUCGCUGAGACGGCCCCCGGCUGCCCCUCCCCAGCCCUUCCCGUCCUGCGUGCCAGGCGUGGGCUGUGGGCCUCGGGUGCAGCAACAUGGCCCCAUUCCUAGGCCAGGCCGCUGGCCUCUCCGUGGCUCACAGGCCCCUGGCUUCUCCUGCAUUGCCCGAAUCAUCGCUCCCCUCUCCCGAGGUGGAAGGGAACAGCCCCUGCCGGGCCCCUUCGCGGCUCCUCUCUGCCCAGCUGUCCGAGAACCUGCCCGGCCCAGUGUAACCUCGGGAGCGGGGGUCCUUUCCCCUCUAGGGAGCACCAGCUCUGAGCUCGACCCAGGGUCGGGGGAAUGGCUGGCUCAGGGGGGCAGGGGACAGGGCUUUUCCCCUCUAAUGGGUCCUGGGUCCCGGGUCCCGGGGGCCUCCUUUCGCUAGAGACCAAAAAUCGGUGCUGUUUGAGGAGCAGCAUCACUAUUCUCAGUCCCUUAGAGAUCUCAAUCCCGGCGGAGCCGGCGGUGCUGAGAUGGGGCCGCGUGUUGUUGCAGGUGCCGGUGGCAUUCGAGGACGUGGCGGUCGGUUUCUCCCCAAGGAGUGGACGGCGUUAGCGGACUGGCAGAGGGAGCUGUACUGGGCCGUGAGGAAGGAGAACUACGAGCUGGUCACCUCGCUGGGCGCCGAUGACGGACGGUUGGGUUGCAGCGAGUCACCGAGCCGGGCCCUGUGUCGGGGAUGGUCGGUUUGUCUGGGCUCCUCGGCUCUCCAGGGUCCUCCUGCACUGGGGACAGGUGUGCGAGACGCAGAGCGACCUGCGACCAGCGCGGGUAAGGGGCGAGGGCAGGUGCCCGGGACAGAUGUGCCAGGCCUGGGCGGUGCUCCUGGCAGUGCCCUGGGCUGGUGGCUCCAAGGGCUCCCCUACCCCAUGUCGCCUUGGAAACGCAGGCAGAGCCAAGUUCCAGGCCGGUGUCUGGCUGCCUCGAUUCUCCGUCCCAGUCCACUGUCCCAGCUGCUGGCUCAUUCUGCCAUGCAGGGCAGCGUGUCGUGAGACUCGGCCUUCCCUUGCCAGGGCAUCUGCUGUCGGCUUGACUGCAGGGGAGGAAGAGGCCAGUGCCAUGAAACCGUCUGGCUCCAGCACCCCUGCGCUGCUCCCAUGGCUGCCCUCCUUCCCAGGGGCCUCGCCCUCCCAAGGGCCCGAGGACACCCCUCUCCUCAACACCCCGCAUGCCUGUGACUCCCCUCCACGCACAGGCUCUGCGGCCCCCAAGCCAGAGAACAGCUGUGAACUGGAGUGAGGGGAAGAGCCCCAGCAGGGGCAGGAGAGAGCGAUUCCUGAGCCCCCCAGCACGGGUGAUGGAAUCUGGGCUGGGGCUGAGGAGAAGCCGUGGGGAGCCCAGAAGUCCCUGGGAGGAGCAGCAGCCCUCCCAGCGCCCCAGGGGAAGGUGCCGAAUACCUGCAAGGACAGCGGGCAAAGCUUCUCGGAGCGGGGCCUCCUCAUCAUGCACGUGCUGAGGACCCACCUCGGGGAGUGCAACCUGCCCUGCGGGGAGUGCAGGAAGAUCUUAUCCGGGUGGGCAGGCUGGCGGUGCACCAGAGAGCCCACCUGCGGGACCGGACGGUCACCUGCGUGGCCUGCACGCGCAGCGUCGUCUACAGCGAGCACCUGGUGGACAAGGUACGCAUGGAGCUGGCCGGAGCGAAGCCCUUCAAGUGCCACCAAGUGCAGCGACAGGAUCAUCCUGCCGGUGGAGCCGCCGGCGGAGCGCGGGAGGGGCUCCUUCCCCUGCCCCACUGCCCCCAGCUCUUCCCCUACAUCUACCUCCUGCAACGCCACCCGCUGCGGCACGCCGGGGAGGCGUCCUUCCCCUGCGCCGAGUGCGGCAAGAGUCUGCCGCGGAGGAUCACGCUCGGCAAGCACCACCGGCGCCCCUCGGCCGAGCAGCCCGGCCCCUGCGCUGAGCGCACCUGGCAGGAGCGCCGGGAGAGCCACGCGCCGGAGCAGCCGUUCCCCUGCGCGCAGAGUGGGGGGCACUUCCCCCGGCGCGGCUCCCUGACCGCCCACCUCCGCGCCCGCCACCGCACCCCUGUGCCUAGUGCAGCCAGCGCUUCGGCAGCGAGCGGGCCCACGCGCCGGACAGGCCUUCGGCUCCAGGGAGGCCUGGGCCGCUCACCGUCUGGAGCACGAGCACCGGAAGCCGUUCAGUGCGGGAAGGGCUUGAGGCGCAAGGACAGGUACAUGGUGCCCCUCGCCUGCCCCCAGGGUGGCCAGCGCUGCCGCCUGCAGCUGGCACAGCACCAGUGCCUCCACCGGGCGCCGAGAGAGCUGGGCCCCGCCGGAGAGCUGGGCCCCGUGCCUGGCCCUGCCACCCCUUCCACGGGCGGUCCUGGGCCCGGCCCCUCGCCAGCCUGGGCCGUGGCGUCCCCACCUGCAAAAUAGGGUGAAUGGUGCCGCUCCCGGUGGGAGGGCACGAGGCCUGGGUGGCGUCUGUGGCAUUGUGUGGAGACGUACGUGAGAGAGCGGAGAGGAGCCAUGGGGGCAGGUUUGGAGCUCGGCCUUGAGUGGAGAGGGGUCUGGGCAGCCUGCGUGAGUGGGCUCGGACGGCUUCCGUGGCCUGCCCUGCGGGCCUCCUCUUUGAUGGGUCCCUUGCCCAUUUCCUCUGGGGCACCUGGCGCUGGCGCUGGCCGCUGUCAGAAGCCAGGCUCCUGGGCUGGCUGGACUGUUGCUCCGACCCCGUGUGGCCGUUCUGAUCUCAAAUGAGUCCCCAGCACCUUGCCUGCAACGCCCAGCCCUGCCGUGCAGCCCGGAGACGGCGUGAGAGCCCAGACCGCAGUGAAAUGGCAACACCAGGACAUUCCCCGGGCGGCGGGGAGUAGGGCCCUCCCUGCUGUCCUCUCCCAUCCGACUGACUCUGAUCUGCUGUAACGACCAGGGUGUCUCUCGCCUGGGGCCUUUGGGGCUCUGGGUCAGGCUCUGCAGCCUCGUGCUGGGGAUCGCCAGCCACUGGGCGUCAAGGGCCAUGUGCGGGUAUCAAACCCCUCCCGGCAUCACAGGCCACGCCGGGGCGUGUGCUCAGCCUCCCACGGGGGAGCGGGGAGCAGAACCUGCCUUGGGGCUAGGUGUUGGGAGAAGGGCUGGCAGCUGGGGCUCAUUAAGAAGCAGCUUUGGGGGGUGCCACAUUUACAAGCUCGAAUGUUGCGGGGGGCAGAAAGGUUGGUUUUUAAUGACAGCUGAGAUUGGCUCUGUGAGCACCUCAAAGGUAACAAGGGGCUGAGCUACAGUCGGUGUCAAACCACCCUCGUAUCCUUCUCUGGCCGGGUCCCAAGGCUGGGGGGGAGAUUACAGAGCUCGGCUUGAAUGCGGUUUGUGACGUGUCUCCCAGACCCUCAUAGCACACUAGGGAAACAGCCUCCAGGAGCCUCCGGGCGCAGGACUGGGUGGAGAACCGCUCCCUGAGAGUCCGUGCCAAUGGGCCACAGUCAAGCUAGAAUUGCAUAGUGAGUGGGGUCCCGCAGGGAUCUGCCCUGGGCCCGGUCUAGUGAAUAUUGAUUUGGCUAGUGACCGAGAGAGAACGCUGAUAAAGUGUGCGGAUGAUACCAAGCUGGGAGGGGUUGCAGGUGCUUUGGAGGACAGAAUUGGAAUUCUAAAGCAUCUGGACAGUCUGGAGAAAUGGUCUGAAGUAAAUAGGCUGAAAUUCAAUAAGUGCCCCCUUAGGUAGGAGCGGGCUGCUGCACACACACACUGGGCAAUGACUGCCGAGGAAGCUGCACUGCAGGAAGGGAUCUGGGGGUGCCAGGGGCCUCCAACUAAAAAGGAGUCAAUAAUAAAACACUGGUGCAAAAAAACCCCAAACGUUCUGGGAUGUUGUGACAGAGUGGGAGUUUGUCAUACUAUUCUGGAUGAAUAGUGUGUGUGCCUCAGUUUCCCCCAUGUGCUGCAUGGUUAAUGAGUUGGGGGGAAGGUUUACUCUUUGCGGAGAUCCAGGUGUGGCUGACUCGCAACUCCGGCAACUCGCAGAAGCUACUAGAUCGCACGCCCUGGUUCUCAUGGGCGACUUUAAUCUUCCUGAUAUCGGCUGGGAGAGCAAUACAGCGGGGCACAGACAAUCCAGGAAGUUUUUGGAAAGCGUAGGGGACAAUUUCCUGGUGCAAGUGCUGGAGGAACCAACUAGGGGGGGAGCUUUUCUUGACCUGCUGCUCACAAACCGGGAAGAAUUAGUGGAGGAAGCAAAAGUGGAUGGGAAUCUGGGAGGCAGUGACCAUGAAGAAAAGGAGUACUUGUGGCACCUUAGAGACUAACCAAUUUAUUUGAGCAUGAGCUUUCGUGAGCUACAGCUCACUUCAUUGGAUGUCAUGUGACCAUGAGUUGGUCGAGUUCAGGAUCCUGACACAAGGAGGAAAGGAGAGCAGCAGAAUAUGGACCCUGGACUUCUGGAAAGCAGACUUCGACUCCCUCAGGGAACUGAUGGGUAGGAUCCCCUGGGGGAAUAACAUGAAGGGGAAAGGAGUCCAGGAGAGCUGGCUGUAUUUCAAGGAAUCCCUAUUGAGGUUACCGAGACAAACCAUCCCGAUGUGUCGAAAGAAUAGUAAAUAUGGCAGGCGACCAGCUUGGCUUAAUAGUGAAAUCCUUGCGGAUCUUCAACAUAAAAAAGAAGCUUACAAGAAGUGGAAGAUUGGACAAAUGACCAGGGAAGAGUAUAAAAAUAUUGCUCGGGCAUGUAGGAAUGAAAUCAGGAGGGCCAAAUCGCACCUGGAGCUGCAGCUAGCAAGAGAUGUUAAGAGUAACAAGAAGGGUUUCUUCAGGUAUGUUAGCAACAAGAAGAAAGUCAAGGAAAGUGUGGGCCCCUUACUGAAGGAGGGAGGCAACCUAGUGACAGAGGAUGUGGAAAAAGCUAAUGUACUCAAUGUUUUUUUUGCCUUUGUCUUCACGAACAAGGUCAGCUCCCAGACUGCUGCGCUGGACAUCACAGCAUGGGGAGUAGGUGGCCAGCCCUCUGUGGAGAAAGAGGUGGUUCGGGACUAUUUAGAAAAGCUGGACGUGCACAAGUCCAUGGGGCCGGACGACUUGCAUCCGAGAGUGCUAAAGGAAUUGGCGGCUGUGAUUGCAGAGCCAUUGGCCAUUAUCUUUGAAAACUCAUGGCGAUCGGGGGAAGUCCCGGAUGACUGGAAAAAGGCUAAUGUAAUGCCAAUCUUUAAAAAAGGGAAGAAGGAGGAUCCUGGGAACUACAGGCCAGUCAGUCUCACCUCAGUCCCUGGAAAAAUCAUGGAGCAGGUCCUCAAGGAAUCAAUCCUGAAGCACUUAGAGGAGAGGAAAGUGAUCAGGAACAGUCAGCAUGGAUUCACCAAGGGAAGGUCAUGCCUGACUAACCUAAUCGCCUUCUAUGAUGAGAUUACUGGUUCUGUGGAUGAAGGGAAAGCAGUGGAUGUAUUGUUUCUUGACUUUAGCAAAGCUUUUGACACAGUCUCCCACAGUAUUCUUGUCAGCAAGUUAAGGAAGUAUGGGCUGGAUGAAUGCACUAUAAGGUGGGUAGAAAGUUGGCUAGAUUGUCGGGCUCAACGGGUAGUGAUCAAUGGCUGCAUGUCUAGUUGGUAGCCGGUGUCAAGUGGAGUGCCCCAGGGGUCGGUCCUGGGGCCGGUUUUGUUCAAUAUCUUCAUAAAUGAUCUGGAGGAUGGUGUGGAUUGCACUCUCAGGAAAUUUGCGGAUGAUACUAAACUGGGAGGAGUGGUAGAUACGCUGGAGGGUAGGGAUAGGAUACAGAGGGCCCUAGACAAAUUGGAGGAUUGGGCCAAAAGAAAUCUGAUGAGGUUCAACAAGGAUAAGAGCAGGGUCCUGCACUUAGGACGGAAGAACCCAAUGCACCGCUACAGACUAGGGACCAAAUGGCUAGGCAGCAGUUCUGUGGAAAAGGACCUAGGGGUGACAAUGGACGAGAAGCUGGAUAUGAGUCAACAAUGUGCCCUUGUUGCCAAGAAGGCCAAUGGCAUUUUGGGAUGUAUAAGUAGGAGCAUUGCCAGCAGAUCGAGGGACGUGAUCGUCCCCCUCUAUUCGACAUUGGUGAGGCCUGAUCUGGAGUACUGUGUCCAGUUUUGGGCCCCACACUACAAAAAUGAUGUGGAUAAAUUGGAGAGAGUCCAGCGAAGGGCAACAAAAAUGAUUAGGGGUCUGGAACACAUGACUUAUGAGGAGAGGCUGAGGGAACUGGGAUUGUUUAGUCUGCAGAAGAGAAGAAUGAGGGGGGAUUUGAUAGCUGCUUUCAACUACCUGAGAGGUGGUUCCAGAGAGGAUGGUUCUAGACUAUUCUCAGUGGUAGAAGAGGACAGGACGAGGAGUAAUGGUCUCAAGUUGCAGUGGGGGAGGUUUAGGUUGGAUAUUAGGAAAAUCUUUUUCACUAUGAGGGUGGUGAAACACUGGAAUGCGUUACCUAGGGAGGUGGUAGAAUCUCCUUCCUGGGUAUGUCUACACUACGAAAUUAGGUCGAAUUUAUAGAAGUCGGUUUUUUAGAAAUCGGUUUUAUAUAUUCGAGUGUGUGUGUCCCCACAGAAAAUGCUCUAAGUGCAUUAAGUGCAGUAACUCGGCGGAGUGCUUCCACAGUACCGAGGCUAGAGUCGACUUCCGGAGCGUUGCACUGUGGGUAGCUAUCCCACAGUUCCCGCAGUCUCCGCUGCCCAUUGGAAUUCUGGGUUGAGAUCCCAAUGCCUGAUGGGGCUAAAACAUUGUCGCGGGUGGUUCUGGGUACAUAUCGUCAGGCCCCCGUUCCCUCCCUCCCUCCGUGAAAGCAAGGGCAGACAAUAUUUUCGCGCCUUUUUUCCUGAGUUACCUGUGCAGACGCCAUACCACGGCAAGCAUGGAGCCCACUCAGGUAACCGUCACCCUAUGUCUCCUGGGUGCUGGCAGACGCGGUACGGCUUUGCUACACAGUAGCAGCAACCCAUUGCCUUGUGGCAGCAGACGGUGCAAUACGACUGGUAGCCGUCAUCGUCAUGUCCGAGGUGCUCCUGGCCACGUCGGCUGGGAGCGCCUGGACAGACAUGGGUGCAGGGACUUAAUUUAGAGUGACUUGACCAGGUCAUUCUCUUUAGUCCUGCAGUCAGUCCUAUUGAACCGUCUUAUGGUGAGCAGGCAGGCGAUACGGAUUGCUAGCAGUCGUACUGUACCAUUUUCUGUCGGGCAGGCAAGAGAUGAGGAUUGCUAGCAGUCGUAUUGUACCAUCUUCUGCCAGGCAGGCAAGAGAUGAGGAUGGCUAGCAGUCGUACUGUACCAUCUUCUGCCGAGCAGCCAUGAGAUGUGGAUGGCAUGCAGUCCUUCUGCACCGUCUGCUGCCAGCCAAAGAUGUAAAAGAUAGAUGGAGUGGAUCAAAACAAGAAAUAGACCAGAUUUGUUUUGUACUCAUUUGCCUCCUCCCCUGUCUAGGGGACUCAUUCCUCUAGGUCACACUGCAGUCACUCACAGAGAAGGUGCAGCGAGGUAAAUCUAGCCAUGUAUCAAUCAGAGGCCAGGCUAACCUCCUUGUUCCAAUAAGAACAAUAACUUAGGUGCACCAUUUCUUAUUGGAACCCUCGGUGAAGUCCUGCCUGAAAUACUCCUUGAUGUAAAGACACCCCCUUUGUUGAUUUUUGCUCCCUGAAGCCAACCCUGUAAGCCGUGUCGUCAGUCGCCCCUCCCUCCGUCAGAGCAACGGCAGACAAUCGUUCCGCGCCUUUUUUCUGUGCGGACGCCAUACCAAGGCAAGCAUGGAGGCCGCUCAGCUCACUUUGGCAAUUAGGAGCACAUUAAACACCACACGCAUUAUCCAGCAGUAUAUGCAGCACCAGAACCUGGCAAAGCGAUACCGGGCGAGGAGGCGACGUCAGCGCGGUCACGUGAGUGAUCAGGACAUGGACACAGAUUUCUCUGAAAGCAUGGGCCCUGCCAAUGCAUGCAUCAUGGUGCUAAUGGGGCAGGUUCAUGCUGUGGAACGCCGAUUCUGGGCUCGGGAAACAAGCACAGACUGGUGGGACCGCAUAGUGUUGCAGGUCUGGGACGAUUCCCAGUGGCUGCGAAACUUUCGCAUGCGUAAGGGCACUUUCAUGGAACUUUGUGACUUGCUUUCCCCUGCCCUGAGGCGCAUGAAUACCAAGAUGAGAGCAGCCCUCACAGUUGAGAAGCGAGUGGCGAUAGCCCUGUGGAAGCUUGCAACGCCAGACAGCUACCGGUCAGUUGGGAAUCAAUUUGGAGUGGGCAAAUCUACUGUGGGGGCUGCUGUGAUGCAAGUAGCCCACGCAAUCAAAGAUCUGCUGAUAUCAAGGGUAGUGACCCUGGGAAAUGUGCAGGUCAUAGUGGAUGGCUUUGCUGCAAUGGGAUUCCCUAACGGUGGUGGGGCCAUAGACGGAACCCAUAUCCCUAUCUUGGCACCGGAGCACCAAGCCGCCGAGUACAUAAACCGCAAGGGGUACUUUUCGAUAGUGCUGCAAGCUCUGGUGGAUCACAAGGGACGUUUCACCAACAUCAACGUGGGAUGGCUGGGAAAGGUGCAUGAUGCUCGCAUCUUCAGGAACUCUGGUCUGUUUCAAAAGCUGCAGGAAGGGACUUUAUUCCCAGACCAGAAAAUAACUGUUGGGGAUGUUGAAAUGCCUAUAUGUAUCCUUGGGGACCCAGCCUACCCCUUAAUGCCAUGGCUCAUGAAGCCGUACACAGGCAGCCUGGACAGUAGUCAGGAGCUGUUCAACUGCAGGCUGAGCAAGUGCAGAAUGGUGGUAGAAUGUGCAUUUGGACGUUUAAAGGUGCGCUGGCGCAGUUUACUGACUCGCUUAGACCUCAGCGAAACCAAUAUUCCCACUGUUAUUACUGCUUGCCGUGUGCUCCACAAUAUCUGUGAGAGUAAGGGGGAGACGUUUAUGGCGGGGUGGGAGGUUGAGGCAAAUCGCCUGGCUGCUGGUUACGCGCAGCCAGACAUCAGGGCGGUUAGAAGAGCACAGGAGGGCGCGGUACGCAUCAGAGAAGCUUUGAAAACCAGUUUCAUGACUGGCCAGGCUACGGUGUGAAAGUUCUGUUUGUUUCUCCUUGAUGAAACCCCCUGCCCCUUGGUUCACUCUACUUCCCUGUAAGCUAACC